CUAAGUAUUUCGAAAUGAAUGUUUAUAUUUGUAUGAGAAUGAGUACCUUCUCCGCUACCUCAAGCCCAUGAGAUCUAAUCUAAUCAACCGACAGCGAAGAUAUAUCGACCUAAGAUUUCAUCUCUCUCGCUUCCUUAUCUGCCAAACGGCUAAGCCCCUCAAGAGAGGUGACCGAGGCAAAAUCGGAGCAACCGGCGAAUUCAAAUGGUGGAAAAACUCGAAGCCAUGGGAGAACCAGCGAAAGGGAGGGUGGCCUCACUCUCAUCAGUCUUUCAUGAGGAUGAAGCUAGGAAAGCUACUCAAGCUGCAGCACGUGCAAGAUGCCAUAGCCGAGAGGCGGAAGUAGAUGGACCAGCUACAUUGGUGGUCCAAAGGGUGUGCAGAAUGGCCAACCGCACAGGGCCUCUAAAAUUUUAGGGUCCCAUAUUUUAAAAUGUGUUAAUAAUUUUAAAGCAUAAGUAUUCUAAAAAAUAAAAUAGGGCCCCUAAUGUAAAUUUUGGACCAGGCCAAUUUUAUUUUUUCAUUUUUCAAGGCCGGCCCUGACCAGCUGAACGACUUCAUUCCUGACAAAAAAAGAGCCUAAGUACAUAUUUUCCUGCAGGUGAAAAAAGAAAGGAAUUGGUUUGCAUGAGCAAUGCUCUAUAUGAGUUCGACGAAAUGCCUCAACAAGAUGUAAAGCCCAGGUGUUAGGACGAAGCAAUCAAACAACUUCACCUUUUGGAGAGGGAAUUUCAAGUGUCAUCUGAUAAACUCAAUAAGAUUACGACUUUGUAUGAGAAACAAGUUCGAGAGGAGGAUAAUUUAACAAAGAGACCUUGAUAAAACAUUUGUAGUAAAGGGAGUCAACUUGA